UAUAUAAGGAAGAUACACAAAGUCCUCCAAAGACUUAGAGACGUAGGCCUCAACCUAGACCUUAAGAAAUAUAUAUUCGUAGUAAAAGAAGUCAAGUACCUAAGCUAUAUCGUAGAGGCAGGAGUCUACGUCCGUCCUAACCCUAAGAAGAUUAGAGCUAUCUAUAAGUAG